CAGGUUUGUAACAAUUGUCAUUUUUUUUCCCCAUAUACGAUUUCAUUUUGUAAACAUACUUACCAAAUUUGUUGCCCCGGGUGGAUGGUCCCCAGACUCACACAAGCACAUGCGGCGACGGGUCUCCCAUACUACCGAGACACCCUUGAUCGACUCACUGAGGAUCAGAUCACAUGGGAUCCGUAUGUACCGGAGUUGGUAGAUGUCAUGCCUGCACAUCUACUGGAGCAUCAGGGAGAGUGGCGUGCCCGGGUCCCCCUGAUCUGUUUCGAGGUUGUGGAGAGUCACCUACCUGACCGCGUCAUGCGACAGUUCGGACUGCAGCAGCCUAUUCCCCAGAACUGUGACACUGUCGUGCGCCUUCACGACAUUGACCGUCGGGGAAAGACGGAGACAAACUGGGCACUGGAGCAUUGGCAGUAUCUUCAGCUAUGGGAGCAGCGGUUGGGUCAUGUCGUUCAGGGUUAUCCCAUGCAGGGCGUUAUGGAUCAUGACGAUCCGUACAUGGUGUGGUACAGGCUUAUCACACGUCGUUUCAUCAACCCCAACUACACACCACCGUCCACCCAUUACCACCCGGCACAUGACGUCAUUAGCGGAUAUGCGGCGGAUAUGGUGGCGAUGUAUGAUGCACUGUCCCUCGCCCUUACAGACGGACCCACCAGAGCCCAGGUCCAGCGGAUGCGAGUUAUGUCCGCGACUUCCUUACGCAGACAUGGUCACGGUCAUCUCAUCUAACAGCGGGACGGUGAUGAUGGUCACUCCAUCCAUUUGCGGUUCGACCCCGGCCAGAGUAGCAGUGGAGGUGAUCCUACGUCGCACACAGAGGAAGAGGAGUACAUCUUCCACAGUUCUGCACCCUUCAGAACCCAGGAGGACGCAUCGUCCAGCCAGCUCACUCCCCCCCUGCGCAGGAACCCAUUCACCACCAUUCACCAUUACACUCGGCGUCGUCCAAGACGAAGGGACGACAGUGAGGCUAGGGAAGGGUUACACCAAAUUGAUGAGUAGUGAACGUAUUGUAUCAUUGUUUUGUCCUUUUUCCUGGAAUGCUGUAUAUAACGAUUGCAUUAUCAAUAUAAGACAUGCUGGUUGAAUGAAUCUGUUUGUGUUUUGAAGUUUUGUUUGCUUAUUUAUCCAAAUCGGAUUUAUGUCAGUCAAAAUAGA